UCUGCUGACAAAGCUUAUGAGAUUAUCAUCACUUAUAUUCAAAAUCAAAAUUUCAUAAGAUUUACUUAUAAUCAAUAAUACACAGUGAUAAACAUGUGUUAUAUUUACAACAAAGUUGGAUAUGUAAUAUGCUUGAUAAUCUUAUCUGUAAGUGGACAAGAAGAUUGGACUUUUCCAAAUGACUUUAUCAUAGGAGCUGCAACUGCUUCUUAUCAAAUUGAAGGAGCAUGGAAUGUGAGCGAUAAAGGUGAAAACUUGUGGGACCGAUAUACGCAUGUGCAACCGGAACAAAUACGAAAUCGAGAUAAUGGUGACAUUGCUUGCGAUUCAUAUCACAAAUACAAAGAUGAUGUAUUACUCCUGAAGAAACUGGGGGUAGAUUCUUAUCGUUUUUCUGUCAGUUGGUCCCGCAUUCUACCAACAGGCUACGCCAACAUUAUCAGUAAAGAUGGAAUUAAAUUUUAUCACAACUUAUUAGAUGAAUUGGACAAAUACAAUAUCACGCCGAUACUCACAAUGUAUCAUUGGGAUCAUCCGCAAAUAUUUCAAGAUAUUGGCGGGUGGACUAAUGAAGUAAUGGUUGAUCUAUUUGGUGAAUAUGCUAAGAUCCUGUUUAAGGAAUUUGGCAAUCGAGUGGAAAUGUUUAUAACAAUCAACGAACCAAGUUCAAUUUGCGAGAGCGGUUAUUAUACAGGGGAAUAUGCCCCCGGAUUGAAAAUAGGAAAAUACGCCGAAUAUCUAUGCGGUCACAAUGUGUUGAAAGCUCAUGCCCGAGCCUAUCACAUUUAUGACAGUGAAUUUCGAUUACAACAACAAGGAAAGAUAGGAAUUGUAUUGGAUUGCUACCAUUUUUAUCCAAAAAAUAAACACGAUCAUGUUUCACCAGAAGUAGCUUUUCAAUACCAAUGCGGAAGAUACGGGCAUCCAAUUUUUUCUAAAACUGGCGAUUAUCCCGAGGUAAUCAAACAAAGAAUAGCUGAAAAUAGCAAAUUUGAAGGUUUGAAGAAGUCAAGACUACCGAGUUUUUCAAAAGAGUGGAUUCGUUACAUAAAAGGCACAGCCGAUUUUAUGGGUUUAAAUCAUUAUAGCUCGAAACUUGUAUCACCAGCACCUCGACCGAAUAAUACAAUUUAUAUAAAUGACGAUGGGAUAGUUUACAGUUACGAUCCCAAAUGGCCGUCUACUCCAAAAGAUACUUUAAAGAUAGUUCCGACAGGCUUCAGAGACGUGUUACGAAAAAUUAAAAAAGAAUUUAGAAAUCCUAUUAUUUUUGUUACUGAAAAUGGACUUCCUGACAUGGGCACCUUAGAUGAUACACUGAGGAUCAAAUAUUUGCAUUUAUAUAUGAAAGCUAUGCUUGUCGCUGUCAAAAAGUACAAAGUCAAUGUAAAAGCUUACACAGUGUGGAGUCUUCUAGAUAAUUUCGAAUGGGAGUUUGGUUAUAGUCAGAAGUAUGGACUUUUUCAAGUUGAUUUCAAUAAUCCAAACAGAACGCGAAUGCCAAAAAAAUCAGCUUCAUGGUUUUCCCAAGUUUUGCGAGAACGUAAGGUUUUACCAAUAAAUAGUGAUUACUAAUAAAAAGUGAUCAGAUUAUGUGGUAAAUCACUCAUUAAGCAGAAGUAUUGAGAGACGAAAGAAGACAACAGGGAAUAGAGACCACACGGAGGCAAUAAUACCUGGCGCUAUCAAAAGUAUUCUUACGCAUCGAAAUAACUUUUUUCGAUCGUCCAUUGAAGGAAUCUACACGAUAAAGAUAGUGUUUUACUAUUAUCUUUUACAUUUAGGUACAAAUAAUCUAUUUAGUUUUUUAUCUUACUUUUUAUUCAUCUAUGUCGUAAUUAGAAAUAAAUAAAACAAUGUUAUGAUUCAUUCAUAGUAUUUACAUCACUAAAAGCACGAAGACUCAUUGUUUAUUGAUAAAUAUAUAAUAUUUUCGCGCUUUAGCGAAUAAUUAAUGACUAAUAGCUAACUGAACAAAAAGCUUGUUAAUCAAAAAAUAAUUAUGUCAAAAAUAUAAAAUUGAAUGCAAUAGUAUCUUG